UCUGAAUCCAAGCCUCAACUUGUUGUAUGCUACCUUCAUGGUCCGCUCUACCAUCAUCGUAAGGGCGUCUGACUCCCUUCCUCUUGCUGCCAGUGUUGAUGAUGAGCAGACGGAACAAGCCUUGCAGGAACAUAAGCAGCAGUCCAAAUUGAUCUGUCGCAGAAUAACGCCCAACUCGGAACCUCGUUGCUCUAUUGAAAGUGGCCAAUACACACUACAUUACCUCAUCGCCGACAAUGUCAUAUUCCUCACUAUAGCCGAUAAAUCCUAUCCCAGAAAACUCGCUUUUUCAUACCUGGAUGAACUUUCAAAGGAGUUCGCCACAACGUAUGGGCCAAAAGUCGAGUCCGUUCGCAAGCCCUACGCCUUUGUAGGUUUCGACACGUUCAUGUCAAAAACAGCACGACUGUAUCGAGAUACACGGACGGCGAAUGCUGCAGCGUCUGGACUCGACAAGCUGAAUGACGAUUUGCAAGAUGUGACGAGAAUAAUGACCAAGAAUAUGGAGGAACUGCUGUGGAGAGGCGAUUCGCUAGAUCGCAUGUCCCACCUUUCGACGUCGCUGCGUUCCGAAUCGGAAAAGUAUCGCAAAGCCGCGAGGAAUAUCAACUGGCAAGCGAUGCUGCGACAAUAUGCACCCGUGGGUGCCAUCGUGCUAAUAUUGAUCAUCUUUGUGUACUGGAGAUUCUUUUAAUGGACGGGCAAGUUUGCAUUAGAUUACCUGCAUAUCGCUCCCUCAGUUUCAUAUCUAUUAUUUUGGAUUCGUAUUUGCUUUCUGUAUCAUACGAACAUUAUUGUGCAGGGAAUUCAAGCCUCGAGGUGGAAUUGUCACUUGCUCGUGACAUAUCAGCCAUAUCAUCAUUGGAAUUAGUAACGG